AUGAUCCUGAAUACAGCUAAAGGCAUAAUAGGCACCAUAGGAGCCGUAUCCCUGGUCAUACAGCUCCUGGGUCUAUACGGGGCCCAUAAGGAGCACUACAACUUUACGAUGGCAUACGGGAUCGUCUCAGCCAUACUGGCCGGCCUGUGCAUAGUGUCGGCGCUCACUGGCAAUAGUGUGGGUGAUUGGUUCCUGAUGAUAUUUUUUGCCAUAUGUGCGAGUGUUGCCCUACAGUUUGCCCGCGAGAUCAGGCGCCUACUGAACCCACCCCUCAGUCCGAACGUCGUGUACAUGAAUAAUAACGGUCAGCCCCCGUAUGUGGUGCCCGGUGCUCAGGUUCAGUCAGGACCCAUGUAUUUGACACCAGUGACAAUACCGGGACAAACGGGUCCCGUGUAUAUUCAGUCACAAACUGGACAGGUAGUCGCGUUUCCAGCACCGGGAGCGACGUAUGUGGGGCCGGCAGAUAAUCCGCCAACUUAUAGGCAGUCUCAGGAGGAUAUUAGUAAUAUGUCUGUAAGUGCGGCACCGGGAGGUUCGGAUGGUAUUGCAAAUCAGAAUGUUGAAGAACCCCAAUUCGGUGGUCUAUGGGGCGCUUAUAAGGAUCACUACUAUAUCAGUCUCAGUUACGGUAUUGGAUCGACACUACUGGCCGGUCUAUGUAUUGUAUCGGCUAUUGUUGGCGCCGGUGGGAUUGAUUGGAUCCUGGUCAUAUUUUUCGCAAUAUGCGGUUCACUGGGCUGUCAGCUAUCGCGAGAGAUUAAACGCACAAAUAGGAUGCCAGUGCUUAACCAGACAGUGUACAUGAACCCGGGUAUACAACCCAAUAUGGUGUACCAGGUGCCCAAUACUGGUCAGCCCGGAUAUGUGGUACAGGGAGGUCAGGUUCAAACCGGACCCAUGUAUAUGAGUCCUACCCUGACUGCUGUUCAGUCAAUGCCAGCCCAAAGUGGACAGGUAUUCGUGUCGAGUCCACAGUACCCUACAUCGCAAGUGGUAGCCUUUCCUACUCCUGGACCCUCAUAUGGGGGUUCGUCAACCUCACCGCCCACUUAUACUCAGUCUCAGGAGGAUAUCAGUAGAAUGAGUGUUAAUGAACAGCCGAGUGGAGCACAGGGAGCACCGGGAGGUUCGAACAGUUACCUCAAUGAGAAUAUUGAGGAACCCCAGAUCCUAGGCCUAUGGGGCUCGGGUAGGGAGCACUACUACAUGUGUCUGACCUACGGUGUAAUAUCCAUACUACUAGCCUGCCUGUGUAUCGUAUCGGCCAUAAUCAGUCAAUAUCUAGUAAUCUGGUUACUAAUGGUUGUGCUCGGGUUUUGUGGUUCCCUGAGCUGUCAGUUUGCACGGGAGAUACGCCGAUGCGAUAACAUGCCCGGCCAUACGGUCUAUAUGAACGCCGCAAUACAGCCUAAUAUGGUGUAUCAUAUAUCCAGUACGGGUCAGCCCCCAUAUAUUAUGCCCACAGCACAGGUACCCAACAGACCUGUCUACGCUACUCCUACUUUAACUCCAGUGCAAACAAUACCGGCUCACAAUGGACAGGUAGUAGUUUCGAGUCCAAUGUAUGAUACAUCGCAAGUGGUGGCCUAUCCAACACCCACCCCGGCAUAUGUAGGUCCAUCAACUUCACCACCACCUUAUUCAGUGCCUGAUGUGGAUGUUAGUGCUGGACAGUCAUCCGAAGCACCAGGAGGUUCGGCCACUUACUUAAAUGAAAAUAUGUAUGAACACAAAACAGUUCCCAAUUAA